UGUUUACAAUGUUGGUAAACUCGAAUUGUGAACUCGGGAGUUUGCGUCUCGUUAUUUCCUGGGCCGACGAAGAAAUGAGUCAUAACCAAGUUAGGAUCGAAAAGAGUUUGUACCUUAUUAUUUUUCCUGUAAACACGUUCUGACUGAAACGUUCAUUGUUUAAUCUUUGUUCAUACGAGUAAUUUCCCCAUUUCGUUCACGCCCUAAUGUCAAGACCACUUAGUGGUGAGUACAGACUAGCAUUUAAAGUCUAUAAAAUGAUCACAAAGUACGUGGAAAAACUGCUGAACUUCAAAACCCCAACAUUUGAAUCCUCACAACGCUCCUUUUUUGCCGUAAUGCCUUUGUAGGUAAGCAAUUUAGCUUUUUUUCCACGACCACUGAGGUUCCGUAAUCAGCUGAUUGAGGUGUGGCGUCUUCAUCUACUAAUUAUUUCAUUUGUUUGACUAACCUCUAUUACGUUUUCUAUACAAAGUUCUCACUUUUAUAUGUUUAUGCUGAAAUCGGCAAAAAUGUCUAAAUUAGCAAUUAAAGUUUUCUAGUUUUCAGUAGCCUUUUGAAAAUCCUGACGAAAAAUGUCCAAAAGUCAUAAACACUUAAAAAAAAAAAAAAAACAAGAGAACUCUUAAGUUGAGACAUACAAGUAACAAAUUGGCACGUUUUGGUAUUUUGCGUUUGACAUCGCCUAUGACACCUGAAACGGAGUUUUACAAGAUACAACCAGUCAUUUAGAGUUUUAUUGUUGUUUCGAUUUGUGAGUAUGGUAGCACCAAGGGCGUAGGUUUGUUCUCAACAUUGGUGGGCACGAUAUUACCGUAAUGCAAACAAUGAUCCAAAUAAGGGACGACUUGCUUACUACGUUGUUCCUUGUGGAGGCUGGCAUAACCACAGUAAUUUUGACGGUUAGCAAGUUUAAUGUUAUGCUAAUUGUUGCAGGUUGAACUUUCAGUAGCAAAAUUAGUGGUGUUUCCCCCCACCUGCACCACGUCGAUGUCUUUUUACAGGACUUACAGUGGCUGCUGCUGGCCGGGGGAAAAAAAAAAAAAAAACUUCUAAUAUCCCUCCUUUCGGGGUUGUGUGAGUAUGUCUGUGUGUGUGUGUGUGUCCUUGUGUCGGUACGGGUGGCUUCAAGUCAUCAGCCAACCAAACGUUCGUUUGAGGGGGGAACAAAUGGACCGGCACAUUCAGCAAGUGAAAAGGGAUAAAUGUGAAUGGGUGAGAUGAGGAGUAGUCAGAGGGCUCUGCCCCAUGGUGUCACAAUUCAUCAGCACACAGAUCACACUGUUGAUACAGAUUUAUCUUCAUGGAAAAGUUUGCCCCAGUCCAAAGCUGCUCUGCGACGAAUAGAAAAUCAUGUGGAGGCCGUUCCUGGAACAACAGCACUCCUCCUCUCGGUCAUGGACCCACCCAGGAAGAAGCAAUCUGGGUCGGGCUGCAGCAGAGAUGAGACGAAAGGGUCGUCGAAGUCAAGCGACCACUGUCGGUCGAGUCCUAAAAACAGACGCUCGCGCAGCCCGCUAAGAAAUGCCACGCAAGACAGCAAUGUCGGCCAGCACAACAGUAUGGCACUCAGGGAACAGCUGGUUUCGUACAGAGAGACCGCCCCUCCAUCACAACCCUCAUCUCAGCUGGAGGCUUACAGACCACAGUCAUUAUCAGGGCCUUUGUCCUCUUCCUCAGACGCUCUAUUUAGCAAGCCUGUCUCCCAGAAAGACAUUUGGGAUGAGCGCAAAGACAGGCACAUGGACGUCCAACACUCUGGAGACUGUACGGAAGUCUUCUACCUCAAUGACCCGCCCACUGUGGACACCCCGCGGACUUAUGACAACCCUGCUGAUGCUACUUGUUCAGUCCCAGCUAUGGAGAACAGCAGUCCAGAGGCACAAAUCGCCCAGAGCGCGGAUAUUCAAAUGCCCAGUCCGUUUCUACCUCCUGCCUCUGACAUGAUAUGUAGAUGGGAAAGCAGUACUUCCACCAGUCCAGGCUCAGAUUCUCAGCGUUUGGAAAACCUGAGGCGACAUCAACCGGAUGAUAAACUGGAAAAGCUCAAAGAGCGUAUUCGACGGCAAGUUAAAUAUCAGGAGCACACUGCAGAGAAGGAAAAAGUGUUGCGCCGUCUCGAGCAGCCCAUAAUGACGACACGGAGCAACAAUAGCGGCACUGCAGCCAAAAUACGGAAGGUAGCGGCUGCACCACCAGCACCUACUUACAAAGGCUUCUCCAAACUUGAGACAAGGAGCCGUACUCGUGGGAACGCACUUAAAGAGGAGGCUCCUCACAGCCCGUCUAAGCAAUUUACUGAAAGAGCAGCACCGAAGCAGCAACGGGAAAGGCAUCAUCCGGUAGAGAGAGAAACGAAACCAACUCGGAAAAUCCACAGAGCCGUCGCUGGCCAAAAUUCAAAAACAUUGAUUACACCUGCUUCCUGGCGGGAUGGUUUGAAGCUGGUAAACAAGGUACUUGGCACCGCUCCAAAACAACCCAGAGAGAAGAGGAACCAUAUUAAUGACAAAGUGCAACAAACAGCUUACCAUCGACGUUCUAAUGUUGACAAAACCUUUGAAGCAAACAAUCACCCUAGAAGCACUGACAGGACUUUCAGUGGAUUUAAGGGUCGAUCUCAAAUCCACUCCACAUCCACUCUUAGCUCGCCGCCUGCUGUCCAUGACAACUGCCCAUUGCCUUUAGGGAAAGACUUGACAGCAGAGAUCCGGGCCAUAUUUGAAGGCCCGCAGUUUGAGUGCAAAGCAGGUGAGGAGGAGCACAGAUCUCGACCUAGAUCCGGGAGGGGUAAGGACGGUCAGAGGGGGAAUGCGAGGUCAUUAUCUCAAACAAGAAGUCCCCACUCCUUCUCUGGAACUACAGCGCAAACAUACGGCCCCUCCAGAGGCUGUCGUGGUGCAAACCCCUCCCUAAAUCGACAGGAGUCCACAAAUGUGCCUGAAACCUAUGAGAAAAAGCGUCAUUAUGAUUCGGAUAAAAUCCGACAGUACAUGAUUAAGCAGAAAGAAGAGCGGAAAAAACGACUGGCAGAAGAGAAGAAGUCCUUAAAAGAGGAGUCGCAAAAAAAGAACCAGAGGCUUCAGGAGCUCUACAGAAGGCAAAAGGAAAUGGCUAAAACUGUAGUCACUCCCAUGGAAGCAACUGCAACCCAUUGGCAGACACGAUAUAGAGAUGAUACUUACAACCUUCUUACAAUGGACGAGAGCCAAUUUGGAGUACAGAUGCAUUCUGCUACAUCACGUCAAAUGAGAUCAAUGUACCAACCCUCAGGGGAGUCUGAUAAAGAGAAUAAGAAACUUGAACUACCACAGAGUCCCUCAAGCAGUGACAGGUCUUUGACUACUGAUCAGCUCCCUCCUCAAUUAACAAGGGGUGAUUUGGAUGUAGAAGUUGCUUCAAGUCUUAUUCCAGGCCUCAGCCCAAAUGUUCACUCCUAUCCUGCCUCCUGCACCAGUGCACUUGGAUGUACAAGUUAUGACCCUUGCUCUUCGAGACCAGAGGACCUAGCGGCAGCUGGUGACGUCAAGCCCACACACGCAGAAACCCCCACCUGGACUCAGUCAAGGAGAUCCCGCAUCGACGCCCUGAAGGCCACAGCCAUCUCGCUCUCCAACCGCAUAGAGAAUGAAGGCCGGCAGAUUGCCCGAGUUGGAAUAAACUUUGGAGAGGUGACGUCUUUAGACACGGAUAUUUUGGCCUGUAGACGGUCUCGGGUUGAGCUCGACGAAAGAGGACGCGGCGCAGUUGAUGAUGCUGACUUGACAUCGAAGAUUCAGAAGUUAAUAACAAGCACAAGUCUUAGUCCGUGCAAUAGUGCCUCACUUCCGGGAGCUGGAAAUUUGCACGCCUUCAUAGGACAACAGCAACAAAUUACUGCUGAUCGAAACGAACACUUUCCUAGCAGCUGUGGACUAGAAAGGAAACUAGUUAACUGUGUACAGAGAACAGAUGACGUGCCUGCUCGAACAGCUGAGGACAAUAGAGAGAAUAGGACAGAUCAACAUGAUUCAAGUGGAGGGUCUAUCAGUGAAGGUACUAUCCUGAGUGAGGGGAGCUUCAGUCAAGAAGAAAUGAGCCUUCCUCACCCACCCAGAAAUCAUAUUCCAAGGUUGACGCAUAACACUGGUGAUUUUUCUGGUCAAAGAAUAGAAUUGCAACGCCUCACUGACUUCCAGAAGGAAGCUGCGAAGUGCUUGGCCCUCACGUCACCAUUAGCUCCUCAUAAUAGAAAUAAAUUGCCCUGGGAGGAGUUGAACCAAGGAGACCCAUUCAGUGUCAUCAACAUUUACUUAAAGAACCUCAAUGUUAAAGUGAAUGACAAGAAUUCUCCAUCUCCUCUCUCUUUCCAAUCUGGGGAAUCCUCCAAAGACGCUACAGUCUAUGAGGAUGACUUUGUGUCAUUUCAUAGCAGCGGAGUUAGCCAGCAGUCAAAGAAGAGUUCCAGUCCGCAUAGUAAAGUAGGUGUGGAGAAUAAGUCUCCACCAUCCCGAGGAAGAGUGACUACUCCUUUAGCCUUGCCUGAUUCGGGUUUGGCUCAGGCGGCAGCCUCACUUAAGAAUGAUUCUCGAAAAAAUGGUAAACUCCAGUAUUCACCUAGUGCCCUGCAGCAGUACAUAGCAGCAGAGCUCAAGUACAAGGAGUCCAUAGAUGAAUCAUUGAGACAGGUUGGGGAUUUGGAGAGGCUGAUAGGUCUGCCUGUCAUGGCUCCGGAGGCAAAGCAGCCAAAAUCUCCACCAUCAAGAGGCCAAAGGAAUUCUCCCACUCCCUUUUUGAAUUCUUCUCAAGUUCCUGAUUUUCUCUCUGAACCUCUAAGAAAUGGCUUCAAUAUUGGGGCUAGUAACGGCAGCAGCGUCACAGGUAAUCUCCAGUAUUCUCCUGCCGCCCUACAUCAGCAAAUGACAGCACAGCUCCAAUACCAUGAGUCCAUAGAUGAGUCCUUGAGACAGUUAUGGGAUGUGGAGAGGUUGUUGGGUGUGUCCAUGGCCCAGAAGGAAAGUGCCUCAUUGGCGCAAAUACUUGAGGCCAAGCAGCAGAAACAUGAAAAUGAUCUUUACGAGCAGAAGAUCCAGGCUGAAAGAAAAGCUCUGGAGGCCCAGCUGCAGCGAGAAGAAGACAGGCAGAGAACAGCCAAGGCGCACGAAGAAUUGCUGGAAAAACUAGUUUUAACUCAAAAAGAGACGGCGGAAGCAGCUCGUCACAUCAAAGAGCUGACUGAUUUGGCACGCACUCAGAUUGAAGGCGCUCUAACUGUGUCUGCUGCUGCGCCUGAGUCUUUGGUUCUCAGCAAGCAUCAGCGAGAAAUGCAAAACAAGUCAGAUUCUGAUAGCUUGCAGAGAGAGGAAUCAAGUCGAACACUCAGUCACACUGACUCCAACCUCAUUGUUGCUGUUGCAAGCUGUCCCAGUAACCUCUCCCACAUAUCGAGGGACCAUCAGAAGGAGGUGAAUAAGGAAGAAAAAGAUGACAAGCGGGCUGAGCGAGAAGCAGGAAACAAUUCAAUAGAGGAAGAAUGUCCAACUGCGGAAAAUGACUCCCUCUGCAGUGAAAGCAUCCCCUCUGUGCCUGAUGACAAGGAGUAUUCCUUUAAGUUUGAUUCAUCCAGGACAGAGGAUGAGGUGGAAGAACGCUCCUUCAGCUCUCUGCUGCCAUCUAAAGUGCACCGUAGGAGUUCUUUGGAGAAGAGUGCAAGCCACCUCGAAGAUUCAGAGGAUGAAGUGGCAGAUAGCAGCACAACUGUAGUCUCAGGGGGAAGUCAUGUUACAAAGCAUCAUAAUCCAAAUAUGGCCUUUUCUGGUGGGAAGGACAGCUUCUCCAGGUUCACCAUGGACAUGGUGCGUCAGCACAUGAAAGAUGAGGACCUGCGACUGCAGCAUCAAAAUGCUUUGCUGCAUCUACGCGAGAAAGCUGUCAAGGAAAAGAUCAGAACUGAGCUGGCGUGGCUAGAGCACCAGAAAAAGCAGCUGAGAAACAAGGGAGAGGAUGACAAACUGCCGCCGAUCAGGAAGAAGCAGAAGGGCCUUUUGUUGAGACUUCAUGAGGAGCAGGCUGAGAUCAAGCGUCUUCAAGAAGCGAAUAAAGUAGCAAGAAAAGAAAAACAGCUUUUGUUGAAGCAGCAAGUGGAGAUUGAGCGAAUGAGAACCUCAACACAGAGACUGAAAGAGCGUCUCAAGUCUGCUGGGGGUGAAGCUCCGCCUGAGUCACCAAUGUCAGAAACGCCUGUGUCAGAAGUCGCUUACAUGAGGCCUACAGAUGGUAGCCGCAGCCCUUCGCCAACCCCUUCCAUCUCUGCAAGUGAAACCAGCAGCAUCAUGCAGAAGCUCAAGAAAAUGCGUUCACGCAUGGAUGAAAAACACUGUUCCCCCGUGCACUGCUUCUUCUCUGUGUUCACGGCCCAGCACUGGGCCUCCCUUAGUGUCUGUCUUCCCAAUCUUCACCCUAAAUUCCAGCUCUUUAUCUACAACCAGUUGGACAGGUUCCUGACUAAGCGGGAACAGCAGUUAAUGCAGAGGCGUCAUCACGCUGAGGAGCUGCUGCAGUGGAAAAAGCGACUCGAUGAAGAGGAGGCAGAGGUUCGGAGGAUAGAAAAAGAGGCCCUGGCUGGUUGGGGAGAGGACAGCACGGCAAGAUCAGAAAAUAUCUCCAACUCUAGUCACCGGCGAAAAUCAGAACAGAGAACGAUUUGUGAUAAAGAGUAUGUGACUGAGGAUGAUUAUUCCUCAGCAGCAUCUGAGUGCAGCAUACACACAGAAGAAGCAAGAAGUCCAUCCUCAGCACAACCUGUAUCAGUGGCUGAAUUAACUUUGGCCUCCAAUUUAGGCAGCCUUCCAAAUUACAUUGAUGACUUUGCUUCACUCACAGGCAGCAAGCAGUCCUCUCCAAUCAAAGGCAGCCAAGACCAUGCCUCUCUAUCUGAUAUCCACACUGAAAGCAAAAUGCAGCUUCACUCCCCUCUCCAAACAUCUAGGCAGGCCCCAAAACGGCCUGUGGAAUCACCCGUGGUUUCACAAACUGAACCCAUUUCAGAGCAAAGCGACAUAGAGAACCGUAUCAAGACCCUGAAAGAGAAGCUGAGAAAACGCAAGUUGAUGGCCAGUCAGCUCAAAAGGGAGCAACUGAAGGCACAAGAGGCCAGUUUGCUGAAAAAACUAGAGAGCUAUAACAACUACAUUGGAAAAACCAAGGCAGCAUUGAGCAAAGAACCUGAGCCAAUUCUUCAUAGCAAGUCUCAGAAGAAAGAUUCCACUUUAGAUGUAGAUCAGUCCAGCCUCUUAUCUCCUAUAAGGUCUGAAACCAGUGAAAUACCUACUGCAGGACUUCACAGUGAUGUAUCAGUCCACCAAAACGACAACAAAUAUACCUCAGCAUCUGAAGAGCCUAACGUGGAAGCUGUCCCACCAUCCCCUGGCAGUCUAGAUUUCCUGACCGAUGACAUAUAUCAAUCACCAGACUCUACCUUAAAACCCUCUCCUGAGGAUGCCAAAUUUGGAAUAAUUGAAUCUGAGAAGUUUGAAACUGUGUUGGAAUCACGUUCUGCAGCAGUUGAUGUCAUCACACACUCUACAAAAAAAUCUACAUCAAUUGAUAAUUCCUCUAGGCUGGACUUGGACGUUAUCUCCUCUGCAAAAGAGGCACCAAUAAAGGAUGUACAAGCUUCUCCACAGAUAGAUUACCAAGAUGACUUUGAGUCAUCAGUUCCUUCUUCACCUAAAAAGGAGCAGCAUAUUUCCAAACUUGAUUCAGUUUGCCAUACAGAAAUACAGUUUUCCAGUCAAGAUGAAGAGAUCGAAGAGGAGAUUGCCGAAGAAUUGAGUCACUCUUCUGUUACUAGCGGAGCAAGCCUUGAAUCUGGACGACUACUAGAUCUUCUCCAGAGACCUGAAGACUUGAAAAAUGAUAGUCAUAGCAUUGAUUCCAUCUGUCCAGCGCCCAUGUCUCACAGACACAGCCCUGUCCCUCUGGCUAAAGAUGAAAUGCCAGGUUUUAACAUCGGUGACAGAGUCCUUGUUGGUAAUGUUCAACCUGGGACACUAAGAUUUAAAGGUCCAACCAGCUUUGCUGGAGGCUUUUGGGCAGGGGUGGAGUUAGACAAGUCUGAGGGGAGCAACUGCGGAACCUAUGACGGCGUUACAUACUUUGAGUGUCAAGAACGUCAUGGCAUCUUCGCUCCUCCUGGAAAGAUCACUCAUCUGUCGGACGAGUUUGAAGUCUUCGCAGCAGGACAUGAUGACUCAUACUCGGAUCAGUGUGAGGAUGAACAAAAAGGUGAAGAAGAUAUUACUGAAGAUAAACAAAGUCUUGAGGAAAGUGAAGAAAUAACUCAUAAUGACGUAUCUUUAGAAUUCUCAGAUGUUGCAGCCUACCUAGCACAAAAUCUGAAUGGCCAGGAGCUUCCAAAUGCUGAAACACAUCUUGAAUCCCAAUAUAACGACCAAUCCAAAUCACAGAACGAAAUUCUAGAGAAGGAGAGCGAACCUAGCAGUCAGGAGAAAGUUUCUCUUGACCAGUCUGCACCAACAAAUCAUCAGAUUUCUGAAAUAUCUGAGAAAGCUGGUGUGAUAGAGCAGUACGUGUCACCAUUUUGUCAGGAGACUACUGCACGCAUUGAGAAGGAAGCGAGCCCAGAUAAUCAGUUGACAUAUUCUGAGACUACCCAUGAAGCUGGUGAUCGUAUGAAAAUGCAAAAGUAUCAGAUUUCCCCAGACCUGUUAGCAGACAAACUCCUGAAUAACUAUUUGGUUGACGCUGUUCAGGAUUUCCUUCAGCUUAAAAGGGGUAAAGAACAGAAAAUCGAAGAUUCCAAUCGGAUCAAUUGCAGUAACAAUUUCGUGUCUGAGGAGCAAAGGCUUACUUCAUCACUGGAACUGCACGAUGGGCUAUCUUCCUUUUUACCCGAAGAGGAGCCGUCCUCUCCAGAGUUAUGCAACCGACCGGAAAGUCCAAUUUUGGGGGUCAGCGGGCAGGAAGAACUCGCCAAGCGACUUGCUGAGCUGGAACUGAACCGUGAUCUGCUGGAUGACCUCGGCGACGAUCAGGACUGGUUUGACGAGGACUUUGGCCUCAGCUCACGCCGGGAGCAACAGAGACUCCAACAGAAGCAGAAAGAGGAAGAAACGAGGCUGGGAGUGGGAAAGUCUGGUUCCUCUGCUAAAGAUCCCCUGAGGGAACUCGUCUCGCACCCAGAUGGGGACCAGUCAGCAAAGACGCCCCCGAGACCCGCCCUCCCUCUUCCCCUACCUCCUAAACUGCCAGAACAACCUGCCAUGGUGGUGCCCCACUCGGCCGACGAGGUAGAGAAGAUGGUUCUCACUGCCGUUCAGGAGAUGUGGGAGAGUUGUGGCCUUACAAAGCAAGGAAGAGUUACACUCUCACACAUGGCCUGCCCUACACCUUCCCAAAAGUUUUUGGGUGUUAAGGAGACCACGAAUGACCAGGAAGCCCUCUCCAUCCGCAGCUACAAAAAGGCUGUUUAUGACCUAACAUGGGAGAUCCUCCAAGAAAUCUAUGCUGAAGACCCCAAUGCCAAUCAGCCUGAGUGGGUUAAACCACAGCGAGUCAGGCCCACCUUUUCCCACAGAGUAAAGACACCACGAGACCUCAAUAAAGUGCAGGAAUUUGUCACAGAUGAAGUUCUGAAACUUUAUGGUUUGUCCAAGAACACGAGUAAAAUGUCUGACUGGCAGAAAAUGCUGAAGUUUGGGCGAAAGAAACGAGACAGAGUUGAUCAAAUACUGGUACAGGAGCUCCACGAGGAGGAGGCGCAAUGGGUCUGCUAUGAAGAAGAUGAACUGUCAGUCAAGAUGCAACUGGCAGACAGCAUCUUCGACAUGUUGCUGAAGGACACGGCAAACACGUUGGGUCUCAUCACAAAGAGGGCUGCCAUCAGUUGACUGUAAUGUAUUUAAAUUCUAGGUAAUACGUACAGAGGGUUAAAAAGUGGAAUAGAAAUGUUAAUAGAUAGAAUCUUUUUUUAUAACUGUGUAAGUUGACAAUUGGUUAAUCAGUGGCACAUUCUUCAGUACAAUCGACACUACAAUCGGUGAUGUCACCUUUUUAUUAAAAGUCAUUGUGAGUCAGGGGUGGGACUUUUGCCUUAAACUCAUUUAAUUGUCAUCUUCCCUUCAUGGUGGUAUUUAUUUUGGUUUCCAAUAAGAUAUUUCGGACUUCACUCUUAAUGUGUCACUGAUAUAAAAAUUUGACUGCCCUCCUGCGGGGAAUUCCUGAUACCAUGUUAUGUAAAACAUUUAAUAAUAUUUUAUUUAUUUUAUUGCAAAAUAUAUAGGAGAGAACGUAAACUCUUGAAUUGUAUAUUAUCCUGUAAAACAAGAGUUCUAAUCUUUUAAAAGUAAAUCUGAGGUCUAAUUGUUAAAGCACAAGUAAUGUGAAAAUGGCAAUAGAUAUAUCAGAGAUAUAAGAUGUAAAUUUUCUUUUUGUUUUUUGAGUGUGUAUUUAAGAAUCGCAUUAAUGAAUAUGUCCCACUUUUAAGCUGCGCGUUAUUAUUAGCACCAUGUGCAUUAAUGCUAACUAUACAUGCAGCCUGCAGGUAAAACACUACUGAUUUCCUUUUUCUUAUUUCUGGGUUGUUUCUGUUUACCAAUAUACAUCAGGUUUAAGGAUGCCCUCAGUAAACAGCAUCAAAGUGGGACACAAAAACGGAUAAAGUACUAUAUUACGGUACUGAAAUGCUGGAUUUCAGCCUUCAUAGUGUUUUUCCUUUCUAUGACUCUAGAGAAAACACCUGCUUUUUUCCCCUCAAAGUGCAUGCUUAGUUAGCGCCUCCUCGUCCAUGGUGCUGCAAAACAUUUAGCUAGGUGUCGACAGUUAACAUUCAGUUCAAGUGCCUCUUUGUUGUAAGAACACUGGGUUUGAUUGCUCAUCAUGUUUUGGACCUCCCUUGAAUGUCAUGUUGUUCCAACUGCUGUAAAUGAUACUUUUUGAAUUAAUUCUUCUCUUAACUGGUUUGCCAGUUACAGCCUCAUGACUUCAAUUUAGGCCUUAUAGCUCCUUGUUUUAUGGACAAGUCAGCUCCUUACUUUCCGACUCGUUGAAAGCUGAAGUGACCUUAACUUAAACCUGUUUCUACCCUCGUUUGUUGUUUUAGACAAUGUACCAAAAAUGUGAUGCCAACCUCAACUAGAUUGUUUCCUUAAAUUGAUUGUACUAUAUUGGAGAACGUAACCUUCUCUGUUGUAACUAUGCAGUGCUUCAUUUAGUUGACUGAACACUUUUUCGACCUCCUGUUCAUCUAAUAGCUUCACUAAAGUUUUUUUUAUGUAGUCCAUUUUCCCUCUCAGGUGAGAGGUGACUCACCAUUAAUAUUUGUUCCUAGUUAAAUUAACCCCAACCUUCAACUUAUUUUAUUGUUUGAAAUGUUCAUGAAUAUUUAUAAUGUUCUUUGAGUGUGCACCAAGUGCACUUGGCUUGUACAAUACUUUUAUGGGUGUAAAUAUAAAGUCGCCAAUUGGAGCAACGCUUACUGGAACCUCAGUGAUUGUUGACAAAUGUGCGGUUUACUUUGCAAACUUGUAUUAUAAUAUUUGUAGAUGUUGGAACUGUAAAUAAAGCUUUGUUUGUAAA